GAACAAGAGGCAGAAGAAAUAAGGAGGGGAGACGCUUCUGAAGGGAUUUAUAUAUGAUCAAUCUGAUCAAAAUGAAGGAAAGUGAUAAUAAAGAGGAAGAUGAGAUUGAAAUGUUACGAGAAAUUCGAUUUGUCAAUGGAAGCACUUACGAAGGGUUGUGGGAUGCGAUUGACAUGACCGGCGUCGGCAGAUAUGUCACACCUUACAAAGUUGUACUAGAGGGAGAAUUUCGGAAUGGCAUGCUUCAUGGAUGCGGAAGUAUGUAUUGGCCACGUGGGCAGGUAAUAGAUAGCACCUGGAAUCGUGGAAAAAUGGAACGACAAAAGCGUUACACGUUUGCGGAUGGUUUAGUAUAUCGAGAGGAUGAAUGGGAUUAUUGUAAAUUUCCCGAUAGGCGAUUUUACAAUUGCAUAUUAAACGGAUUGAGACCAGCUGGAAAAGUAUUGAAAACUAAUGACCAACCAACUAAGAUUAUUCCUCCGUUCUGCUACGAUACCGGUUUCGGAAUAUUCAACCCAGACAAGAAUUGCAUAACGUCAUAUCAUAAUUGUAAAAAAAUACUCAAGAUUCCAACGACUGUAGAAAGUAAUUGGAUAAAGCAAAAUUGUCGAAAAGGUUGGUCAGAACCGACCGGUCAUCGAGAAUGGUUACGUGAAUACUGGCAAUCGGGAGCGGCAGAUUUUGCAACGUUACCGCACAUUUCAUCGGAGGAUGAAACGGAAAAUUGGUGGCAAAGGUCGAUAACGUAAUCUUAGCUACAAUUAUAUAUAUGUAAUUGUAAAAUUACUUGAUGGAAUCAAUUCCUGCUUUUAUUAACUUCAUAUAUCGUUUAAGACUGACGAAAUUUGUCAGACAUGUGCCUACAGACAUGAAAUGGAAAAAACAUAACUGUGUUGAAGAAUGUCAACUAAAUCGUUAAACAAUACGAGGAAGAAGCAAUAUUAAGACUCGAAUUGAAAACUAGUCAUAAAAUGAAAAAAUAACAUGUUUUACAUAGGUAUAAAA